AUGUUCAAAGAAGAUAAAUACCCAGAGGACUACAAAAAAUCAAGUACAAUACUUAUAUUCAAAAAGGGAGAUGAAGACAGAAUCGAGAAUUAUAGACCGAUAAGUCUAAUGCCCCCUCUAUACAAGAUUAUAGCUGGAACUUUGGCUGAAAGAAUCAAGAAGAAGAUCACAACAACGCUGGCCAAGGAACAGUUUGCCUAUCGUAGCGAAGUCUCAACGAUAAAUCCGCUCUACAUAGUGAAACAGGUAGUGGAGAAGGCGUAG